GACCAGGAUGGCCGAACGAGAAGGGCAGCUGGUGGUGAACCUGGAGACAAGCCAUCCCGACACGGUGGUGGAUUUGGGGAAAAUAGUUUUAGGAGAGAAAGCCAGGAAGAAGACCUCUCAGAAACAGAAAGUGCAGGCAGAGAACCUUUCUAAAGCAGCGUGUGCGCUGCUGAAUUCGGGAGGAGGAAUAAUAAGGAUGGAGAGCGAAGACAAGAAUUACAGCUUCCAGCAGCAUGGCCUGGGGCUGGACCUGGAGCAGAGCCUCAGGGGCUGCCUCAGCUGCUCCGAGACCGACCAGUACUUCACCUGGAGGCAGCGACAGGCUCACGUGCUGCUUUUUGUUAAAACAUGGAGCUGUGGAGAUCCAGAGCAGAAAAGUGCCGCCCCGAAGCCGCGUAUCUGUAGCUUGAGCACUGGGUUGUCCCAGAGGUCUUUCUCUUCAGUUGUCUCCAUGACUCCAAGUGAUGCUGCUGACUUCCUGAGGAGGAAGGAAAGCCUGGCCAAGCACCCUGAUGAGGAUGGGCCAAGAGCCAAGAAAGCUCUGCUGAAUUUUUCUGGGGGAGCAGAGGAGACCUCUCAGGCCAUCGAGGAGGCCACCACCAGGUUUUUAAAGAGAGACAAACUGAUGGCUGGAGAGGUCCUGAAUUUCACAGAGACCACACAUACUGAAUUUAAGAACUUCUCUACAAAUUGUAUCUUGAAGUACGUUAACAAAAGCCUUCCAAAGUAUGUCUCUGCCUUUGGAAACACGAAGGGUGGGUAUUUAUUUUAUGGAGUGCAUGACAACGGUACAGUCAUUGGAACCCAUCAAGGAGUGGAGAAGGAAGCUUUAGAACAAGCAUUGGCUGACACCAUCGGCUCCAUGGCCGUCCAUCACUUCUGUGGCUCACGGGCUGGAGUGCAGUUCCAGACUUACAUCCAGAGUGUUUAUGACGCAGCAGGGACCUGGCAGGGCUACGUGUGCACCGUCAGGGUUGAGCCCUCCUGCUGCCCUGUUUUCCACGGUGAUCCUGAAUCCUGGAAGGUGUCGAACGGCAGGAUCGAAAGACUGAGCCUCAGAGAGUGGGUGGAGCUGAUGACAGCUGCAGACCCAGAUAUUUCAAAUCUGGCUGAUGACUUUGCGAAUGAGCUCAGCUUGGCAAAUGGUCCUCCUCUUAUCAGGCCAGUUUAUUCAAAUGUUGGUCUCGAGAGUGUGUCUCAACUCCAAGAACACCUCUACCCAGUGGGUUCUGAUGGAAUCAAAUGGAAGCCAGAAACCGUCUGUGCCGACCUGUUCUCAGAGUAUCCUGGAUUAGAGGAUUUAAUGAAGAAAGAAAUCCAUCCACUUAGCAAGGGAGUAUUGAUAUUUUCAAGGAGCUGGGCUGUUGAAAUUGGAUUGGGGAAAAAACGGGAUGUUGUGUGUGAUGUUCUCUUAGUAGCUGAAAACACACACCCAGUGUUGUACACUGUCGUGGGGGACACCUCUCCUGCUGAGGCUGAGAACUUGAGAGAAACAGCUUAUGCCUUAAAACAGAGACUGGUCAAUGAUGGGGGUUAUGCUUCCAAAGUGUGUGUCAUUCCCCAGAUACUGCACCUGAAUGGCACAGAGGAGCAGAUGGAAGUUGCAGGGGAUGACAUUCUCCAGCAAGAAGCCCAGGAAAACCUGUGUAAUCACACCAGCUUGUACCCAGAGGAUUAUGUCCUCACCUCCAGGGACGUCCCUGCUUUCCUGCGUGCACUUGUGAUUGUUGUGCUGAGCUUUAAGUCCUACUUAAGUGACCAUCUUGGCUGUGAGGUUUUCAACCUUCUCACUCUCAAACAGUACGAGCUGCUCUCCAAAAACCUGCACAAAGCCAGGGAGCAGUUUGUCAUUGGUCUUCCUGGAACAGGGAAAACAAUCGUGGCUUUGAAGAUCAUUGAGAGAAUAAGAAAUGUUUUUCACUGUUCUGCAAAAGAGAUUCUCUACAUCUGUGAAAACCAACCCUUGAAGAAUUUUGUGGGAAACAAGAUCUGCCAGUCUGUGACACGUGUUACCUUCUUAAAUGGGAUCUUCCCAGAAGUGAAACACAUUGUGGUUGAUGAAGCUCAGAAUUUUCGCUCUGAACAAGACUGGUACCGACGUGCCCAGGAGCUAGUGAAGAAAAAAAAAGGCAUUUUCUGGGUCUUCAUGGAUUUCUUCCAGACCACUCACCCAUAUGAUUGUGGCCUUAACUUUUCAGAACUCUAUCCUCAGGAAUGGUUGACUAAAAUGGUCCGUAAUGCCAAGGAAAUAUGCAGUGUCAUGUUUGAUCUAAUGGAGAAAAUCCUCAAAGAACGGAAGACACACGUACCCUAUGAGGUGCUGGGGGAGCUGUUGAAGGAGGCCACAUGUGCCCAUUCUCUGCCGGGUGACUACAUCGAGAAACAACAAAUGGAAACAUAUGAAAUGGUGAAGUAUGUGAUCACAAACUGCCACAGCUACCUCAGGCAAGGUUAUCGCCUCAAAGACAUUGCAAUCCUGUGCAGCACUGAGCCUGCAGCCAGCACGUUUCGUUGGAGCCUGGCAACGGAGCUAGAAAGGCAGAAAAGGAAAAGCAACGUGAGGUUGGUCCUGGGGUCAGCUGAGGGAGUUUCAAGAAACUGCAUCGUCCUUGACAGCAUCCGGCGCUUCUCAGGCCUGGAGAGGAGGAUUGUGUUCUGCAUCCACCCUGUCCCUGCACAAGAGGAGGUGUCUUGCAACCUCCUGCUCUGCGCGGCCUCCAGGGCCCACAGCAAGCUCCACGUGCUGUACCACAGAGAAGAGAUGUUCUUGAGGGACAUGUCUUUCAACGACACUUUGCUCUCACCCAUGGACACUGGAAUGUUCGGUUCCUGAUGCCCUUUCUGCAGGCUGAGCCAAAAGAAAAUUUUAAAAAAUGCAUAUUUUGUGUAGGCCUGUGGGAUGUCAUCAAAUGGAUUUGGAUUUAAGGACAUCACCCCCUAGAGCAAUUUGCUGAGAAUGACAACUGCAGGAGGAAGUCAACCCUUCCAAACCACUUGCGUAAUCAUAGAACAGUUUGGAGACUUGAAGUUUCAGUUCCUCUGCUCUUUAAGCUGAUUGUGCAUGGAAUCAUAGAAUCAUAGAGUAUGUUGAGUUGGAAGGGACCCAUCAGGAUCAUUGAGUCCAACUCCUGUCCCUGUGUAGGGCACCCCAAGAAUCACACCAUGUGCCUGAGAGCGUCAUCCAAAGGCUUCUUGAACUCAGGCAGGUUGGUGCUGUGACCACCUCCCUGGGGAGCCUGUUCCAGUGCUCAACCACCUUCUGACUUGUUUCAGCAGUACCAGAGUGGAACCACUGGUUGGAACCACAGCAGGGGCCAUCUCUGUCCCUGCUGGUGCUGCUGCAAAUGGUCAAAACUCUGUUUUUUUGUGUUUUGUUUUUUUUUUCUUUCAAUGGUGGGGAGAUUUUUGUGAAUUUUCAGCCAAAUGGGCUCUUUUUCCCAUCCAAAAAGCCGUGCCUCACUUGUGGGAGUGGUGGUGACUCUCUCCACCUCUGCUGAAAGUGGGGCUGGGCUUUUGUGGUGACAUUGAAACACCCUAAAUGCAGGUUUCUGCCCACGGAGGCAGUUCUGUCCCCAGCACUGUCCCCAGACCUCUCCUGAGCUGGUUCAGCUGUGCAGCUGUGCAGUGAGUUGGGAACUUGAGGGUCUUUUUUUGGCAAAUUAACCUUUAGCUGAGGCAAGCUCCACCUUGCCAUGUAGCUGCCCAAGCGCUAGUGCUGGCAUGAGGGGGAGCAGGAAUGUGCUCCUGGAGAAUGAGGCAGGAUCACAGAAAGGCUGAGGUAGGAAGGGACCUCUGGAGGUCAUCUCAUCCAACCUCCUGCUCAAGCAGGGACAUGCAGGACCAUGGCCAGAUGGCUUUUGAAGAUCUCCCUCCACACCCUCCCCAGGCACCUUCACAGUCUGUUUCCUGCUGCUCAGAGGGAACCUGCCGUGUUUCUGACCCAGUGUCUCUGGUCCUGUCUUUGUCCUCUGGGAACUUUCCCUUUGGGUGUUGAUACAUAUGGAUGAGGUACCUUGAGCC